AUGAAAUAGGUGAAUCGAACUUAAAAUGAAUAGAAUCUAGUACAUUCUGCAAUUGCUUUUAUCAGAAAAUAGUAUGAAUGUAUAGAAUCUGAAGAAGUCCCUUAGGAAUUAUUAGAUAAUAAAUACUAUAAAGAAUAUGAGCCACUCGAUAAACUAGAAUUAUUAACAGAUCAACACAUAAAAUAUUGUACAAAGAGACUAUUAAAUAUUGGUUAUUCUAUUAUCUAUUUGGAUGUUGGAUAACCUUGGUGUAUAUAUUGGCCAUUAAAUGCUUUGAGUAUCUUAUAAGAAGAUGUAUCAAAAUAUGAACAUAAAAUAUUGUAAUAUUUAGAAAAAUGUAAAAUUGGUGGUUUUGGAGGAGGUCCUUAUUAAUAUGAACAUUUAGCACCUACAUAUUCAUCUUUGUUAUGUAUAAAUAAUUUAUAUUUUAGCAUUAUUCAUUCUUGCAUCUCCAGCUUCUUUAGGAAUGAUUGACAGAAAAGGAUUGGAAAAGUUCUUCUGGUCUAUUCAGGAUCCAAAUGAAAAGGGAUCUUAUUUAAUGCAUGUUAAUGGAGAAGCAGACAUUAGAGCUGUCUAUAUAGUUGUGAUAAUGGUAGUCAUUCUUAAAUUAGAGUAUCUCUAUAUUAUAAAAAUAUUAGUCCAAAAUUAUUGGAUGGUUGUGCUGAAUACAUUGCAUCAUGUUAAACAUAUGAAGGAGGAAUAGGAGCAGUACGAUAUUCAGAAGCUCAUGGAGGAUAUGCUUUUUGUGGAUAUGCUGCUUUAGUUUGUAUGGGGAAAGCACAUUAUAUUGAUUAAGAGAAACUAUUAAAUUGGUUAGUAAAUAGAUAAAUGGAAAAGGAAGGUGGUUUUAAUGGUAGAACAAAUAAAGUUGUCGAUGCCUGUUAUUCAUUUUGGUAAGGAGCCAUAUUCAAUUUGCUUUAAUUAUCUGGUUAUCUCAAUGAAUAGUUAAUGAAUGUAUAUGAAUUAAAGACAUAUAUUCAUAUGUGUUAAAAUCCAACAGGAGGAAUAUUUGAUAAACCAAGUAAAUCUCCUGAUACUUACCAUACAUGCUAUGGAUUAAGUGGUUAUUCUUUAACAGAUAGCAAUUUUUAGAAUCCAAUAUACAAUGUUCCAAAUAAAUGUAUAGAUUUUGUACAAAAAUUCUUCUAAUGA